CUACCACAUUCCGGACUGAACGAGGCCUAAUCAUCCUAUCAGGCCGAGCUCGACCCUGAAAUCAUGCCCAACAAUCAGGCCGGGCCGAUCUCAGGCUUGAGCAAAACUAUUUUUAGCCGUAGUCAGGCCGGGCCGGUGGCCAUGUCGGGCUUUUUCAGGCUCGAGCACUUUUUGUUAGGCCCGGCGGUCGGGCGGGGCCGGACUCGGGCGUGGGUUUUCAACGGUGGUUCUUUUCAGCCCGAUCUGGCCGGCAUAUGGCCAGGUAUAGCCCAGCUCCACGAACUGACAUGCGAGGCCCAUGAUUCAUCCUCACACAACUCAGCUCGGUGCAUGCUGCUGACCGACCCUCUCGGAGUAUUUUACUUCUUCACUCGUCUCCUCGGACCCCUCACCUCUGCACGCUCGUGUCCCCUCCACCCUCCCUUCCCCUCUCCCCGCGCACCAAGAAGAGCACCUGCGCGGCCGGCAAUGGCCUGCGCCCGCUUCGUAGCCCUCGCGGUAUUGGCAGUCGUUUGCCACUCUCUGUUCGGCCUGGCCUCUGCGGCGGAUGACGGAGAGCUGCGGGCGCUGCUGGAGUUCAAGGCGGCGCUGGACCCGACGGGGCGCCUUCUGCCGUCGUGGGCGCCCGGGCGGGACCCGUGUGCCCGUGGAGGGUUCGAGGGCGUCGCGUGUGACGCCCUCGGCGCUGUCGCCAACGUCUCGCUGCAGGGGAAGGGCCUGGCCGGGACGCUCUCCCCUGCCGUCGCGGGCCUCCGCGCGCUCACCGGCCUGUACCUCCAUUACAACGAGCUCCGCGGCGGGGUGCCCCCGGAGCUCGCCAAGCUCACAAGGCUCACCGAUGUCUACCUUAACGUCAACAACUUCUCCGGGCCCAUCCCGGCCGAGAUCGGCGCCAUGGCCUCGCUGCAAGUGUUGCAGCUGUGCUACAAUCAGCUGACCGGGAGCAUCCCCACCCAGCUGGGGCUGCUGAACAGGCUCGCCGUGUUGGCUUUGCAGUCCAACCACCUGAACGGCGCCAUCCCUGCUAGCCUCGGCGACCUGCCCGAGCUGAGGCGGCUGGACUUGAGCUUCAACAACCUCUUCGGCUCCAUCCCGGUGAGGCUCGCCAGGCUGCCUCAGCUCGCUGCUCUCGAUGUUAGGAACAACUCGCUCACCGGCAGCGUGCCCUCCGAACUGGCCAAGCUGGAGGGUGGAUUCCAGUACGGGAACAACACUGAUCUGUGCGGCACCGGGCUCCCCGAUCUCCGGCCGUGCACUCCGGCGGACCUCAUCGACCCCGACAGGCCCCAGCCGUUCAGCGCUGGCAUCGCGCCGCAGAUCAAGCCGGGCUCUUCCGACAGGCAUUGCAGCGGAACCCACUGCCCCCCUUCCACCAAGGCUCUCGCGGCCGUCGUCAUUGUCGCGGUGAUCCUUCUGGGGGCGACAGCGGCCGGUCUCUUGGUCUUCUCGUGGCACAGGUGGCGCAAGCAGAGGAGGGCCUCAGGCGCAGGCGCACCUCCGAUGACCACGGUGGGCGGCCGGUGCAGCAUCGAGGGCGAGGCGACCAAGGAAUCGUUCCGCAAGAGCGCGUCGUCAACGCUGGUGAGCCUCGAGUACUCCAACGGCUGGGACCCGCUGGCCGACGGGCGGAGCGGCGUCGGGUUCUCGCAGGAGGUGUCCCCGAGCUUCCGGUUCAACAUGGAGGAGGUGGAGUCCGCGACGCACUACUUCUCGGAGCUGAAUCUCAUGGGGAAGAAAACCUCCAGGUCCAAGAGUGGCGCCGGAAGCAGCUUCGCGGCCACGUACAGGGGCACGCUGCGCGACGGCACGCCCGUCGUCGUCACUCGACUGGGCAAGACCUGCUGCAAGCAGGAGGAGGCGGAGUUCCUCAAGGGCCUCAAGCUGCUGGCCGAGCUUCGGCACGACAACAUCGUGGGGCUGAGGGGGUUCUGCUGCUCCAGGGCCAGGGGAGAGUGCUUCCUCGUGCACGACUUCGUGCCCAACGGCAGUCUAUCGCACUUCUUGGACGUUGCAGGAGAAGACGGCGGCGGCGGUGCUCUCGGCCAUGGCGGGCGCGUCCUUGAGUGGUCCACGAGGGUGUCCAUCAUCAAGGGAAUUGCUAAAGGAAUUGGAUAUCUGCACAGUACUAGAGCAAACAAACUCCCUCUUGUUCACCAAAACAUAUCGGCGGACAAAGUUCUGGUGGAUUACACCUACAAGCCUCUGAUUUCUGGUUCCGGCCUGCACAAGCUUCUUGUGGACGACCUGGUCUUCUCGACACUCAAGGCGAGUGCCGCCAUGGGGUACCUUGCCCCUGAGUACACCACCGUCGGUCGGUUCUCGGAGAAGAGCGAUGUUUACGCUUUCGGGGUAAUUGUGUUUCAGAUACUCACGGGUAAAAGUAAAACGAUGCAGCUGCCCUUCGAGACAGGCAAUGUCCAUGACCUCAUCGACGGCAACAUGAAAGGAUGUUACUCAGCAACGGAAGCGGCUAAACUGGCAAAGAUUGCAUUGGUCUGCACCAGUGAAAACCCUGAGCAAAGACCCACCAUGGAAGAGCUCGUUCAAGAAUUGGACACCUUGUGAUGGAUGGGAAUACAAUGUAAUAACCUUUUUUGCCAGUCUCGCGCCUGGCAGUGCUGCCUUGCCUGGAAUCAACUCCUACUUAUCUAGGAUCACUAAUCACUGAUCUUAGAAGCAAAUGAGGUACCCAUUAAUUUAUUUUUCUUUGGAAAAUGAGGUAGCAAUUAAAUACCUAGGAACAAUCCUGAGAUCUUGUAUUAUGCUAAUGUUGUAUUGUUAAUGUUGCUGAAUAAAGGCUGCAUUGGUAGCUAACUUGUAUCGGA